AUGCUCUGCGCAGACAUCUCCGACUCUCUCGUCCAGUCAUGCCACACCCACUCCUCGAGCCCCUCCGCGCAACUCGCAAACUGCAGCGCCCACCUCCCCAAAAGCAGCACAGAAGAAUGGGCCCUGCUCAACUUCACCGCAGACACCUUCCGCGCGAUCGGGAUGCACGGGUACGUCGUCCGCCCUGUCGAGCCCACCGCAGCCACACUCUGCACAAACGCAACAACAAACGCCCUGCAGUUCAUCACGCUCUCCCUAACCACGGGGUAG